UCCGCAAACUUGCUCCGAGUUCGCUGCAGGACUUCACUGCUGCUUUGGAUGUUCAGGAAAAUUGAGUGUGUUCUGUGAGCGCGGCCUUUUAAUGCUUCAAAAAUAAACAGAGGAUAAACUCGGGAGGAAAUUUUUAGCUGGAGAGAGUUGUUGCAGUUCCUGUGUCUGUCUCCAGGACUGUGAUAUGUGUUGACUGAAGAGCUAACUGCAAUGACCCUGGAAACAGAAGGGGAAUUCUUAUAAAUCACAAAGGAAAAUAAAUAACUUCACCCAUGGAGGGAAAGAGACAGCUUGAGAAAAGGGACUUUGGAAAACGGCUGUCUCUAGACAGCAGUCUUGUGGGCUUCAGAAUACAGCUGCAAACAAAAUCUUACCUAGGAAACCAACCUGUGGCUGAGGAAUACAUGGACUCCAAUAAAUACAUAGAGCACCUGCUAACUCAACUCGAGGAGCAACACAGAAGUCUCUGGAGGGAGAAGUUGGCUGUGGCCCGACUACAGCGAGAAGUUGCCCAAAGAAGAAGUGAGGGGGCCAUGCAUGAGAAGCUGAUACAUGAAUUGGAAGAAGAGAGACAUUUACGUCUUCAGAGUGAGAAGCGAUUGCAGGAGGUGACACUGGAGUCUGAACGCAACAGAAUUCAGAUGCGUGGCCUGCAGCAGCAAUUCUCCAGGAUGGAAGAUACAGUACGAAAUCUAUUGCAGAGUCAAGGACCUGCAGAACAGAAAAAAGAAGAAACUGUUAAUAUAAUGGUCUAUCAGGAAAAACUGCCAGAGGAAGAGAGAAAACACAAGGAAGCUUUGGAAGAACUUCACAUGGUGGUGGAUGAGGAUUCGCGGAGCGAAAGCAGCAGUGCGGACGAGGGGAAAGGAAAGACCAAAUUGCUGUUAGAAAGAUUGAAAGCUCUAGAGGCAGAGAACUCAGCAUUGGCUUUGGAAAAUGAAAAUCAGCGGGAACAGUAUGAGAGAUGUCUUGAUGAGGUAGCCAACCAAGUUGUUCAAGCUCUGCUCACUCAAAAGGAUCUAAGGGAGGAAUGUACAAAGUUGAAAACGAGAGUGUUUGAUUUGGAACAACAGAAUCGAACAUUAAGCAUUCUAUUCCAACAGCGAGUCAGGCCCACUUCUGAUCUGCUCCUCCAGAAACUUCACUCCCGCAUCUUAGAUCUUUCAUCCGGAGAUUUGCUUUCAGAUGUGGAAAGACGCCGAAGUCUGACGCAGGCACAAACCGAUGUUGAGAUGCACGAAUGCCAGCUGAAUGCAAAAUCAGGAACCCCUGCUCUGAAAUGCCCUGGCUUGGGGGUAGUCAUCCCUGGUCAUCUCUGUCCUCGAAAUAGCUGCAGCAGCAGCGAACUGUCACUUUCGAGCACCUGCAGCGAGUACUCCAGCGGCUCCUCCUACACGUGGCAUGAUGGGAAGAACCUCAGGAAAAGGCAAUCAUCACGAAACUGGGAUAAAAGGUUAAGUAUUGACUCUUCGCUCCCAAGUGGCUUUGCCAGUCCUACAGAUGAACUACCUCCAACUCGUAUCAAGGAAAGCCACAUUUUGGAAGGACUAAAAAAGCUGCAGAAGCGGAAAGUGUUACUUGAACCCCCGUCAGUGAUAACCAAAUGGGGUUAUAAAGAUUGCAUGAACUCAAAUGAAGGAAUAUAUUCUCCAGGAAUUAAGAGUAGCAGCCUCAAGGAGUAUUCCCCCUGCAAACCGACUGACAUGGGGAGCCCCUGCAAGGAGCCCCACAAGGCAUUUGUUUAUGAUACAGAUUCCCACGACGAUGCCGAUGAAGACUCUUCUUUAGCAUUGCUGCAAGCUGCUCCAAACCAGGACUACAGGCUGCAUGGUUGUAAAUUAACCCACAGUGUUUCUGACAGUCUAUUUGGCUGGCAGAUAAAUGGGAAACACUUUUCAGAAGGCACGUCCUCAGUUUAUCCCAGGGAAAGGCCUGAAAAGUUGACCAGUUGUGCCAGCAACUGCCCCUUGGAGAGGAAGCUGUGCCCAAGUGUGCAGGCACCUCAGGUACAGAGAGAGAGGGAUCCGCACAGUCAGGGCGCCAUGGCUCUCAGUCUCCAGCUCUCAGACACCGAUGACAAUGAAACCCUCGAUGAGCUGCACAUAGAGAGCAGUGAUGAGACAGGCCCUUCAGACUUGUCAUUGACUGCCGACACAGACAAGUCCAUGGAGAACCUGGACAUCAUCAUGGGAUUUGGAAAAUCUCAACUUGGGUCUCCUAAUGAGGAGGAAAAACAAGUGCCUGUCCACUUAGAGAGUAGGCCAAAGACAUUUAGUUUCAUUAAGCAGCAAAGAGUUGUGAAAAGGACUUCUUCAGAAGAAUGUAUUACUGUAAUAUUUGAUGCAGAAGAUGGCGAGCCCAUUGAAUUCAGCUCUCACCAGACUGGCGUUGUCACCGUUACCAGAAAUGAAAUCUCCAUCAAUCAAGCCCCUGCUGGACCCAAGGCAGAACACACUGAACUUUUACCUCAGGGAAUUGCUCAUCUGCAGCCAGGAGCUGCUGUAAGAGACUACACUUUCUUAAAGAGACCUGAAGAGGAAACUGAGAAAAACAUUCCAAAAGAUGAUGUAGGUAAUGUUGCUGCAGCACCCACUGAAUCUUUGAGCCCCAGGACAGUAACGCAAAAUACUCAGCGACAAAGACUGGCCAAACCAACACACAAUAUGUCAUGCCAGAGUAACUCUAGGUCUUCAAUGUCCAUGGGUAUCUAUCAGAAACAAAGUCUGACAAAAAUACCUGCCAGGGGCAAGUCUUCACCUCAGAAGUCAAAACUAAUAGAGCCUGAAGCCUCCACAAGAGUCCUCUCAUCUGGCCCAGUGACUCUUGAAAAAUUACCAGCCUUAGCUCCUGGGAAACUCUCACGGUUCAAGAAGACUGAGGGCCCAGUGCCUCUCUUUGAUUUACGGCCAGAUUCACACAUUCCAAAACACCCCGCCCAACUUCCUCCCGGCUCCAAAAUGUCUGGCAGAAGGGAUUGGGUCCAGUGCUCCAAGAGUCAGAUUCCAGCAUCACAGUUGCUGUCAAGGCCCCUCAUUGAGCCUAGUAAUGGAGAACCCCCAACAAGGGAUAAACACUGUGACCCUGGACCAGAGGCAAGAAUGAAAUCACCUUCCCCCCCACCCCCUCCAGGCAGGUCGGUCUCCCUACUCAUCAGGCCCAGUUAUGACUAUGUGACACCACCUCCAUCUGCCAAGGCCGAAACAAGGGUCCCCAAUGAACCAGCAAGGAUGGUCUUCAAAUCUUCUCCUCUGAAAGGAUCCUCUGUUCCUGUUAUUUCUUCUAAUCAGACCAUAACAGAAGUGCAGGGGAAGAAACCUUCUGUGGCCUUCAAAAAGUCCAUCUUCACUCACCCUCUGCCCUCCACAGAAACAGUGGUUCAAACCAGAUGCUCUGCUCAUACCCCCUCUAGCUCAUUUUCCAUAAUGGCCUCAGGGCCCCCUAAGGUCUCUCCAAAGAGAACUAUCCCCAAAACGCCACCUCACCAAACACUUGGGACCACACAAACAGACACAGGGUUACGAACUCCCAAGAACUGUCCUUCAACCCAUGAGCCACUGGAAAUAUCGUCCUCCAAAAGUGUAUCUCCAGGAAGAAAAGGACAAGUGAAUGACAGUGUCUCUACAUUACCCAAGCCUUCCUUCUUAGGGGUAAAUGAAUCACCAUCAUCUCAGGUUAACAGUCCCUCAUCAUCACCAUCCUCUAAAAGCCAUAACCCCCCACAUGGUUGUCAAAACACUCAUGAGAAAGGACUGAAAACUCGCCUCCCAGUUGGGCUCAAAGUUCUCAUGAAGUCUCCCCAAUUGCUCAGGAAAAGUUCCACAGUGCCAGGGAAACAUGAAAAAGACAGUCUAAAUGAAGCCUCUAAAAGUUCUGUGGCUGCAAGCAAGUGUAAGCCGGAGGACUCCGGGAAUCCAGCAAGCCUUGAGACCACAGUAGGUGAAAGAAAUGUGAGUCCACUAGGGUUACAAACACAAGACAGUUUGGCUGAAGUGCUUCCCCUGGAAACAGCAACACCAGAUUCAUUGGAAAAUAGCAUCCCUGGGGCUGAUGGAAAAGAUGGAGUGGAAAACAGGUCUUUGAAAAGAUCCCUUUCCUCCAACAAGCCACACCUAAAACCAGCUCUGGGCAUGAAUGGAGCCAAAGCGCGCAGCCAGAGUUUCAGUACUCACUCAGGAGACAAGCCCUCCACCCCGUCCGUGGAAGGGCCAGGCAAAGUUCGAACUCAGAUUAUUACCAACACUGCUGAGAGAGGCAAUUCCCUCACCCGGCAGAGCUCCUCCACAGAAGGCUCUCCCAACAAGACCCCGUCCGCUCUCAUGUCUGACAGUCUCCCCAGUGCAGGGAGGCCCUUGGGGCAGCCCUCCUCCAGGCAAGGCUCCUUGGGGAGCACAGGCACCUCUAGCAGCCGGCACGGGAGCCCAGGCAAGUUGCCUGUGAGGGUCCCUCCAAAAUCUGAAGCGCUCCUCACCCCACCUGGAAUGGAAGACCAGCAGGCCUAUGCCCAGGGAGGAUACCCUAGCGCGGCUGCACCUGAGGAGCCAGGAAGUGACCACUGCAGGUGCCCGUCCACCCCCACAGACUGCCCAAGAGCCCUGCAGAGCCCAGGGAGGACACAGCAUCCAAGCAAUUUUGAAACCAGCAGGACCUCCAAGAUAGAAACUUCUGGAAGGUAUCCAGACACUUGUACAACCAGGCCUGGUGCUGUGAGCCCAGAAGCCCCCCUCUCACCCACCAUCGAAGAAAAGGUCAUGUUGUGCAUUCAGGAAAAUGUGGAAAGGGGCCAAGUGCACACAAAGUCGACCUCUGUGGAAGCGAAGCCGAAACCCGGGCCUUCUUUUGCCAGCUGGUUUGGUUUUCGGAGGAGCAGACUUCCAGCUCUCAGUAGCAGGAAAAUGGAUGUCUCCAAAACCAAAGUGGAGAAGAAAGAUGCAAAAGGUUUGGGGUUUGGAAACAAACAGCUAAAAUCAGAGAGAAAAAAAGAAAAAAAGAAGCCUGAACCACAAUGUGAGAUAGAAAAUGAGCUUAACAGAGACACGGAGUUGGCAGAUGGUCCAGACACUGGUUUACAAAGCAAAAAUAAUCUGAAAACACCACAGGACAUUUACGACCAAAUGAAGUUUGAACCGAGAAAUAGACCCAGCCCUGUAACGUGUUCAACAAAGGAUACGUUUCUGACGGAACUUUUGAACAGAGUUGAUAAGAAAGCAGCUCAACAGACAGAAAGUAGAUCAAAUAAUGUUUCCUGCAGGAGUGUGUUAAAGGGCAGCUCCCAGGGCUCCUGUCUCACCAGCGGCUCUAUCAGCACUCAAGGAAGCCACAAGAAAAUCAUCAAAACCAAAGCUGAUAUGGAAAUACCAAAAGGCUCCCUGAUAAAAGAGGCCAAUGAAAACCUGCAAGAGGAUGAAGAAGAUACAAUUGCAGAUUCUGCAUUUCAGAGCCACAUCAUAGAAUCAAACUGCCAGAUGAGGACGCUGGACAGUGGGAUCGGAACCUUUCCACUCCCAGACUCGGGGAAUCGCUCAGCAGGACGCUACAUAUGUCAACCAGAAUCCCCAGAAGACAGUGAGCCCAUCCUGUCUCUCCAGCCAGCCGUUGGUGCAGCUUCUUCCAUCAGAGCCCAGACCCUUGAACGAGAAGUGCCUUCCUCUGCAGACAGCCAGGGCUCUGCAGACAACACCGUUGUUCACUCCACAUCCGACCCCAUCGUGACUGCCAGAGGGAUGCGACCUCCUCAGAGUCGCCUCCCCAAACCAGCCUCCUCAGGAAAAAUUGAUUCUCUAAAGCAGAAUGAAGCAGAGCCAAGGCCUCAGACUUGCUCGUCAUUCGAAUAUGCUGAAAACACAAUGGCAAGCCAGCCACUUCCAGACUGGAGGGGUGAAGAUGCCACUGCUGAGACCCAGAAAUUGAAACAAGUUGAAGAAACAAAAGAAGAUCCUGAGAAUAGAUUAUCUAAGAUUUCCCUGGAGUCAUUCAAUAAAUAUAACAGCAAUACUGUGAUUUUAUUAGAAAAAGAGAGGAACUCUCUGGACAAGGUUGAAGGACAAAAGGAAGAAAAAGAAAAAAAUGAAGAGGCAUCUUUGAGUAGCUCAGACAGGCCUGGGGUAGACAAUUUGGAAUCUUUGAGUGAUUCUUUAUAUGAUAGCUUCUCUUCCUGUGCAAGUCAGGGUUCAAAUGAUGUAUAAAGGACUUUUUUUCCCUUAGUGAGUUGGAAAUGGAGCACUUAAGAAACAGGAGUGGGGAAGGGGGCAGGCAGAGAUGACAACAAGAAAUUAUUGCAACACCAGAGCCUACACUGUCAGAUUCAUAGCAGGCCACCCACUGGAGCUUCCUUCUCUGCCAAGGCAAUAAAGAGAGACUCCAUUUGUUGUGUUUCAUGAGGAUAAAAAGGAAACACACCCACGAUACAGAAGUCUUAAUUUUGCACUUUUUUUUGAAUAUUUGUACAGAAGUUGUAAACUUUUUGGAAAAGAAAUUAUAUUUGUAGCAAAAGAAAAAGAGACAGCAAUAAAUUGAAUCAAUGCCAUGCUCUUGAAAUGAUGUACUAAGUCUUAGAAGUUGAUGGUAAUUACAUUUUUUUAAAAAUUUCAACUACAGUUUUUGUUCAGCUCAUUGUCCUCAUACACAAAUUAUUUGUGGGCACAUUCUGUAAAGCUAAAACUGGGCCUGCCAAAAAACCAAAGGGCUCCUUGUAAUUUCAAUUUAAUAUAAACUUAAAUUCUAGUGCAUUUUCAAAAUUGUUGCCAGAGAGAUUUGGUUGCUAGUAAUACAUGUAAUUCUGCUUCUAAUGAAAAAUGUAAAGCAUACCGAUGUGUGACACUGAUCCAAAGGGAUGGAUAUCAGAAGUGACCUAAUUCUCUUUUCAAUAGCAGGUUUUCUCUCCGAACAUUUCCUUACAUCCUCUUCUGCUUAGUGCUUCUCAUGAUUCUCAACAUUAUUUGUUGAUUUUUAUCUUCCUGCUCUUUUUAUUAAAAUCUGGGCAAUUUAGAAAUGAAAGCAAAUUCCUAUUUGCAAGGUUCACUUUUUAAAAAAUAAAAUGGUUGGUGCUAUGGAAAAUUCUUACUUUUUAAUAUCUUUUUUUUUCUACAAAGUCUGUUUAUAUGUAAGGAUAAAUUCUAUUUUAAAGGUUAUGUGUAUUUUUACUAGACGUGAACUAUUUAUAAUUGCUUUUGUACAGGAGCUUGUAAACUAGGCAUAGUAGAAAUUUUUUUAGGAUCUAUAUCGUUACUUUAGUACACCCUUGUUUCUUUAAAGAGUAUUGUAUGAUCAGUGUUAUUUGGUUAAUUUGUGCAAUUUGUUAUAUUUGGAUUUUGUUAUCCUAAAUGAAAAUUAUGUAAGGUGUCAUUGUCCUUCAGACUUUUAAAAAUUCUUUUGUUUCAUCUCUGAAUAAAAGUCGUAUCACAAUCGCAG